GUUGGUUUGUCUAAGGAGUUUAAUAAAUUUUGUCGUCUUUAUUGAAUUGCAAUAAAACGUACGAAUUUGUGGAAUAAUAUUUUAAUAUAAAAACAAAUAUUGAUAAUAAUAUAAUGGAAAAUAAAAAACUAGACAAAGAAAUGGAAGAAACGAGAGAACAGCAUUCAACAGCGGAAAACGAGGGAACUGAAACAACACAAAAAUCUCAACUAGGAUCACAAAAAACCACAACAUUUUCUCAACUAUUUAAAACUUGCACUGACUAUGAUGUGGAGCAUUUCACUAGUUAUAAUAAUUUCACCAAAUGGCUACAUCGUCCGGUAGAUGCAGCUGCCUUAGGAGUGUUUCGUAUGUUAUAUGGAGCCGCCAUGUUGAUAGACAUAGCCGAGGAAAGAGGUGGCAGUCAAAUGGAUGUACGUUUUGGUGAAGCUAAACACUGUCAUUUUCCUUUAUUCGAUGGUAUACAAGCGUUUAGUUUCCCUAUCAUGGGUUGUGUGUAUCUGUGCAUGUGGUUGGGUGCUAUUGGUAUAAUGUUGGGUUAUCGGUUUCGUUUGAGCUGUUUGUUAUUUGUGGUACCCUAUUGGUAUAUUUUCCUAUUAGACAAACCAGCUUGGAAUAAUCAUAGUUAUUUAUUUGGCUUAGUGGGUACUAUGUUACUGUUUACCCAGGCUAAUCGUUAUUGUUCUUUAGAUAAAUAUCUAAAACCCCAUAUGCCCUCAACUGUACCAUAUUGGAAUUAUUUUAUUAUAAAAUUUCAAUUCUUUAUAUUAUAUAUGUAUGCGGGUUUAAAAAAACUUACCGCUGAAUGGUUAUCCGGUUAUGCAAUGUCUUCUUUAAGUCGCCAUUGGGUAUUGAGUCCUUUUCGUUGGGUUCUUACGGAAGAUUUGGCAGAUUUGUUGAUUGUUCAUUGGUUUACAGCGAUAUUUGAUUUUUCUAUUGCUUUUCUAAUGACUUGUAGUAAAACACGCGUUUUGGCAACACCUUUUAUGAUCAGUUUUCAUUUGAUGAAUUCACGUUUGUUUGUUAUCGGUAUGUUUCCUUGGGUAUGUUUAGCUCAAGUGCCAAUGUUUUAUAGUUGCGAUUGGCCCAGAAAGUUGACGUUAAAUAAUUUAAAAAAUUUUUAUAAAAACACGAUGAAACAAAAACAACUUGAUGAUAAAAUUGAAAUUUUAGAAACUAAAACACCAAAUCCUUUAGACGACACAAAUGCUCCUGUAGAAUCGUUGGUUUACUGUAAUGCCUGCAGAAAAUUAAUAAAUUCCACAGGAAAUACUUCUCACUACGAAAGGAUACGCAGCGGUUUGAUACUAUUCUAUUGUUGUUUGCAAUUAUUUCUGCCCUAUUCACAUUUCAUAACACAGGGUUAUAAUAACUGGACCAAUGGUUUAUAUGGUUAUUCCUGGGAUAUGAUGGUUCACUCGUACGACACAAUAUUGACAACGAUUAAGAUAGUUGAUAAUAACAAUAAUAAAGUUCACUAUUUGGAUCCGUAUGCUUUUACCGAAUAUGAUCGUUGGACUAAAUAUGCUGAUAUGGCUCAACAAUAUGCUCGUUGUAUACAUAAAAACAUAGAAAUGGAACAUAGACGUAAUACGGCCCAUAGUCCUUUAAGUUCUACCAAUAUCUCUAUAUACUUUGAUAUAUGGUGUUCGAUGAAUGGUCGCUUCCAGCAGAGAGUAUUUGAUCCUCGUGUAGAUUUAUUAAAGGCCGAAUGGUCGCCUUUUAAAAGAACUUCCUGGUCUUUGCCAUUGCUCAAUGAGUUAAAUCACUUAAGACCCAAACUACGCACUAUAGCAAAUGAAGUAUUGGCUUGGAACAAUUAUUCCGAUGUAAUUUUUGUUGCCGACUUUCCCGGACUCACUUUGGACAAUUAUAUAUCACCCGAUUUAACGAAUGUUUCACUAACCAUACUUGAGGGUAAUGUACGUUAUCACAGUGAAGAUGCUAAUGACACUUAUUUUCUGACUUCGGGAAAAAGUAUUAGUUUGGCCAGUGGCAAAGUACAUCAUGUUACAACAAUUGGUCUUAAACCUUCGUGUUACUUAUUCACUUAUGUCAAUAAAACAAUGCAAGAGGAAAAUAUUAUUAUUGAGAACAGCAUUGAUGGCAGCAAUGAAAUGAAACCCUUAUUGCCUUUAUGGCAAGAGUUUAUGAUGAGAAUGGAAAAUUAUAAACGUUUCCUACAGCACAUGGGUAAUUGUGUGUUGUAUUUGUUAUAUGAUGUUCCCAUACCUAUGGAAGUUAGAGAAAGAAAUUAAAACGAAAAAUGGAAAUUAGAAAAAUGAUAUUAUGAUGAUGAAAAAAAAAACAAAAAGAAA